AUGUCCGACCUUAAGGAGACUGGUUUCAAGUCUGGCGACAUCUUUGCCGCCGUCGCCGCAGCGUUUGCGGGCCUGGACGACGCCGAGAAGCAGAAGCAGAUUAAGAAGACCAACGGCAUCUUCCAGAUCAACGUCGAGACCAGCGACAAGAAGUCCCAGACUUGGGUCAUUGACCUCAAGCAGGACGGCACGGUCACCAAGGGUGCCGGCAAGAAGCCCGACGUGACUGUCAACCUCGGUGACGACACUUUUGUCGCGCUCGCAGACGGCAAGCUCAACGCCCAGAAGGCGUUCAUGACCGGCCAGCUCAAGGUCAAGGGCAACAUUAUGCUCGCGACCAAGCUCGACGGUGUGCUCAAGGCGUCCAAGGGCAAGCUCUAG